AGCAACAGCUACAGCUCCGGCUGUGCUGCUAGUUAGUCUGCAAACUACAGAGUUAGCAACCACCGGCAAACCGCUGCUGCACAACAGUGGGUUAAUAUAAAGUAUUGGAUGAUACAGUGUUGUGUGGGCACACAUACAAACUACUGCAGCGGCUUUAAUUGACUUUAUUUUGUCGCCAUGUCCUCCAGAAAGCGUAAAAGAAACUACAAGGACGUUAAGUGUGUUUUCUUUCCGGAUGAUGUCGACAAUGGUUUGCAAAAACUGGGGAGAGAGCCAUCAUCACUGUCCUCUGUGUCCACUGCUAAGAGCUGGGAGAGGUGUGGGGACAGUUUCCUGGGCACUCCACUGAUGAAGAACCUCAAGUCAUCAGGGAGGAAACUGUCUGACAUCAGAAAGUUGGCUCAGUCCCCUGCUUCAGUACAGACCAGUGCUGCUCACUGUGAUGAGGACCCAGUGCACAUUGCAUGGAGCUCCAGUGACAGUGAACAGUCUGAUAAUGAGACCCAGGAGAAGCAUCUCUCCAGAGUUGUGGCUCAGCAGCGACAGCGUCCUCAGAGACCGGGGAGGCCCUCAGCUCCCAUUCAGUCGUACAUCGGAGCACUGCGCAUGCUCAGAACUGAUAAAGAUGACCCUCCUGUUAUUGACACAGACAGCGAUCUGGAUGAAUCUGAGGAGGAUGUUGAAAAGGACAGUGGGCAGCAAAUCUCUGAAUGUGAAUCAGAGCCCUCUGAUGAAAAACCAGAAGACUUCCCUCUGGAAGCUGCGAAUAUGCCAGAGCUGGAGAUCUCAGGCUACGUUUCUGAUGGCGAGAACAUUGAGGGCACAGUGACCUCGAGCAGACUGGACACUGAGAGCCAAACUGGUGAGGGCAGCAAAAGGUCAGUCAGUGACUGGGUCAGAUCGGCUCAGGCGAUGCUGCAGACGCCUGAGAAACCGCAGUCCAAGAGGGAGUCCAAGACCCCUGAAGACUCCGCCAAAAAGAAACGGAAAUUUCAAAGCGGAGGUCUGGCUGAGAGGCUGAAUCGACUGCAAUGCAGACAGAGGUCAGCUGUGAGCUUCUGGAGGCACCAGUCUGUCUCUGACACCUCAGCAACAACAGCGGACAGGCCUGGUGUGCUGGUGCUGGAGGUGCUGGAGGUUCAGGAGGAGUGCAGCAUGCAACUGGCGCACUGUGAGCACCACCGGCCUCCCGGAGUGGGCCACCAACACAGUCACCCUCUUUGUGAGGAAAGAGCUUGUGUGCUGGUGCUGUUCAACAGAGAGACUGCAGGCCAGCUGAUUCCUGCGCCCAGAGAUAUCGUCCACAUAUACCCGCCAUGGCAAAGUCUUUCCAUUCAGGGUUUCAGCUGUGACAUUAUUCUGAACACACACUUCAGCCAGAAAGUCAACUCUGCUAACACACCAGCCAGCAUCGCCGUUCCUAGGGGCCUGCUGUCAGCAGAAAGGUGCAGUCCCUAUGAUCUGUGCAAAAUAUUUGGACUGCUGGAAGAAUGCAAAACCGCAGAGGAGAUCAGUGCCAAACAGGUUGCUGCCUCUGAUGCUCUGUGCAGUUUUGGAGGUUUAGGAGUUUUGUCAAGACACUGCCUUUCUCUCCUCGAAGCCAUUGAGGGGCUGGGCCAGGCUGGCUCUGUGGGGCAGGACGUGGAGGUGGUGGUCCAGAGAGUUUACUCCAUCCCUGUGCCUGACUGCUCUCCUGUGUCCAUUCUCAAGCCCAGACUUCCUUCAGCUCCUCCUCCUGCAGAGAAAGGCAAAACCAGGCUCUGUGUGCUCGUCCAGGACAGCUACGGGAUGUUCAGCGUGGUCCAGCUCCACCUCCUGUCUUCCAGGAACGACCUCCACCAGUACUGCCACAUGUGGCAGGGGAGGACCUGCGUGCUGAAAGGCAUCAAGGUGGUGCAGCGGGUCACUCGAGAAAGGCGCACCAGGCUUUUCAAUUUGAUAGACAGUCUGUGGCCCCCAGUGAUGCCUCUUAAAGAUCAUGGAAACACACUUGGUUUGUCCAGUGAAGGCAGACCUGCAGGUCAAGCCCCCAGCUUCUGCUACCUGCUGUCUGGUCAGGAGAGCUCAGUUGAACCCAGCGAGGAGCAAACUGUUUCCCUGCUCUACCAUCCGCCCACAAAACAAAUCUUGCGAGACGUAUUGCAGAGUGAUCUUAAAACCCGUCGCUGCAGUUUUGUUGCCACUGUUUUACACAAGAAAAUAAUGCAGAGCACUGAUGUAGGCCAGGGUGAGGUUUGGUUGGUGCUGACAGACCCCAGUCUUCAGGAGGAGCAGCCAGAGAGGCCAUGCAAGCGAACGGUGGCCUUGUGUUUGAGCACUUCCUGUGUGCUCACUUCCUCUGUCCUCGAAGCACUGAAUUCCCCCGCUGCCUGUCGCAUGUCAUUCAGAGAUGCCAUCAGAGAACAUGGUGUUCUCCUGUGUGCGGAGCAGUCAGUUGUUGAGCUGUGCUCUGUGGAACCCGACGGCCGUCUUGAGUCUUCAGCCACACCAGAGCUACUUUCACAGUCGCUGUCCACGCCUCAGGCAAAGACCCUGCCCCAACCUGUGAGACUGGAUCCCCUGAGUCCUGAGAUCACACCCAACUCCCUCUGCUCGCUCUCAGGGGUGAUCUUGGGUGUGGAUGAGAGCACUGCUUAUUCCUGGCCUGCCUGCAACCACUGUGGAAGUGACAACAUGGAGGUGUUAGCUGAGGGAACUCAGAUCCUCCACUGUGUUUCUUGUCAGUCGGUGGUGGACAAGCCGGACAUGAGGAUUCAAAUGGAAGUGUUCCUCAGUUCUUCGUUGAAUAAUUGCACUUUGAAGGUUAAGCUGCAGAAGAAGACGAUCAUGUCCCUCCUGAACACUGCAGCACUGGAGGGUCACGAGUUCCCAGGUUACGAUGUGGAGAAUGUCCUGGGAAAAGAGGUGGGCCCCCUCGCAGUUUACGUCCGAGUCGUCACCAGGAAACCUGCACUCUGGAUCGGCGUGGAAGAAAUCUGCCUCUGAGGCUGUCAGGGCAAGUAGCUAAUGAUAUCAAUCCUCAUGUUUCAGCUGGCUCCGAGGAUCUGCACACUAGGCCUCGGUUUGAGCCAGUUCAGCCUCCUACCCCACCCCCUCUGAAGGCCUCCCUAACAGCUCCAGGCUGUGCUGAAGUGAACGGGCUGCGAGCAGACAAGGUCUUGUUUGUGUUAAUGAUAUGUGAUCCUGUGGACCAGGAGUUGACAGCCCAAGGGUAGACCAGUGGCAUGCAGUCUGUCAAAGCAUCCCACGUGGUUCAUCAACUGGGGCUUUUUGGACUUUUGGGUAUAAACGCAUUUUUUUAAGCCAUCCAAAAAACCUUUUUUCACAUUAUCUACCUCUGUAUAUAAGAAGAUGAACAAUGUGUCAAUAAAAGUUGUAUUUUUGCUGACUGAACUUUCUAUUUCCUGUUGCACUCUCACUUCUUGUCUCCAGCUGCUCCCUCAACAUAAAUCAUGUGCAAAGACUACUCACAGACCAGGAUGUUUCUGCAGCUUUUCAGCGAUUUUAUUAUAGAUUCCAUAAACAAAAAUGUUUUCAAGGUUUCAUACAAACUAUAUAAAAGAUCAUGCUCUGGCUCUUAUACAAAGUUUGGAAUUAUAAAACAUGUACCAUGUCAGGUAUAACAUCAUGUAAAUGCAGUGGUAAAAUAAUUUAAUAUAGAGAAAAAUCCCACAAAAAUAUGGCAGCAACAUCAUAUAUUUUCCAGUGCCAUUAUGGUAAGCUUAAAAUACAUCUGGUACAGAUGGUAAAAUGUCUGUUGAGGUAUGUCUCCUAAAAGCUCAGUUCAUAGAAAAA